CCCGGCGGAACACAGCUGCACAGCCUCAGUAUACGGUUUGAUAGGUAGCUGGAAGUCUCAUUCAGGAGCGUUGAAGAGGACGGAAAGAACCGUAUCCCUUAGCUUCUAAGUUACUUAAAUAAAAAUGGCCAAGAGGCGAAGAGAAAGACGGGAAGUAGACAACAUUUCAGCAGAGUUAACGAAAAAAGAAACGGAGGCAAAAGAUGGAGCUCACAUUAAAGGACCCGCGUAUUCUGGAGGGGGCUCAGCCCGCGUAUCCCUUCUCAUCUUGCUCGCCAUCUUCACAUGCGCUGCGUCAGUCAUGUAUCUAGUGUACAGGAAUUUCCCAGAGCUAAGCGAUGAUGAGAAGGACAAGAUGAUAAUCCCCAAAGACAUGGAUGAUGCCAAGGCCUUGGGCACAGUCCUGUCCAAAUAUAAAGACACCUACUACACCCAGGUGCUAGUGGCGUACUUUGCCACAUAUGUUUUCCUUCAGACAUUUGCCAUCCCCGGCUCCAUCUUCCUCAGCAUCCUGUCCGGCUAUCUCUACCCCUUCCCCCUGGCCCUCUUCCUGGUUUGCCUAUGCUCUGGCUUGGGGGCCUCCUUCUGCUACAUGUUGUCCUACCUGGUGGGCCGGCCAGUGGUCCACAGGUACCUGACAGAGAAGGCCCAGAAGUGGUCCCAGCAGGUGGACAAGCACAGAGAACACCUGAUUAAUUACAUAAUCUUUUUGAGGAUCACACCCUUCCUCCCCAACUGGUUUAUCAACAUCACCUCCCCUGUCAUCAAUGUUCCAUUGGGGGUCUUCUUUCUGGGCACUUUCUUUGGAGUGGCUCCUCCAUCCUUUGUGGCAAUCAAUGCAGGAACGACCCUGUACAAGCUGACCACAGCCGGGGAGGCUGUGUCCUGGAAUUCUCUGGCCAUGCUUGGAGUGCUGGCCGUGCUCUCCAUCUUACCCGUAUGUUUUCAGAAGAAACUGCAGCAGAAACUGGAGUAGUCCCUCAUCUCUCCGGCGUAACUACUGCCCACCUGUGUCUCUUGCCCUCACUCAGCUCAGAAAUGGAAUAGGCCAUUGUCAGUCGCAUGGAUCCACCCAUAUUCCACCUUCAGAUACCUGCUCU